AUGUUUUAUCUUUUAAAACUUUAUUUAUUUCUUCUCCCAUUUUUUGUUUACCAUUGCUCAGCCGACGUAAUUGGUUGUGAGGGUUUUGUAAAACUGUUUACUUCUCAAGGAAAUUUAAAAUAUGAGGCAGAAUGUAAUCCACAAAAUGGAUAUUUUCUAAUUCCAAUUUACAAUAAAGGAAAAUAUUUGGUUAAAAUUAUUGCCCCUGAUGGAUAUGUUUUUGGUAUUAUUUUUAAUUCAUUUUUUUUUGAACUUUUAUUUUCUAAAGAACCUAAACUUUAUGAGAUUGAGAUUGGCAACAAUGGUGGAUGUUCUGAGGAAUUAAAUUUUAAUUUGGCUGGACUUCAAAUUUCUGGUAGAAUUUUAAAUGGGGAAGAUUCUUCUUUGGUUUUGGGUCUUUUUAAACAAGAAGAUGGAGAAUUAGUUGGGAAGACUAUUGUUGAUAAAGAUGGAAAUUAUAAUUUUGUUACUUGGCCAGGAAAAUAUGUUAUUUCACCCUUUAGUGGUUCUACUAAAUGUUUAAGCCAAGGCAGCAUUAAAAUUGAGGUUGGAACAACGCCAAUGGUAAUAAAGCCGGACUUGCGAAUUGAGGGUUAUAGUUUAGAAGUUAAUGUUGUGGACGAAAAAGGAGCUCCAUUUUUAUCGACAAAUGUUGUCUUACAAUCAGAUAAACAAAUUAAGUUUGAAAAUCUUCCUUUGAGUGCUGAACAACCGAUUACCAUCAAUGAAGGCCAAAAAUGGUUCUAUAAAUUUAAUACCAAUUCUUCCGGCUCUACUUUAAUUAAUUGUUUGCCUCCAGGAAAAUACAUUAUUAAUGCUGGACAAGGAGUCUUAAAUUUUGGUGAAGCUAAUUUCCAAGAAGAAUCUGUUGAAAUGAAUUCUAAAACGACGAAGGUAUUUUAA